CUGGAAAGCGCCUUGAGCGAAGCCAAGAAGCAGCUGCAGGACGAGAUGCUGCGCCGCGUGGACGCCGAGAACCGGCUGCAGACGCUGAAGGAAGAGCUCGAAUUACAGAAAAACAUUUACAGCGAGGAGCUGCGGGAGACCAUCGACAACGGGCGGCAGCGGGAGUUUGAGAGCAAGCUCUCCGAAGCCUUGCAGGAGCUGCGGAGCCAGCACGAAGCCCAGAUCAGGCUUUACAAGGAGGAACUGGAGAAGACCUACGGGGCGAAGCUAAGCAACGCCAAGCAGUCGGCUGAGAGGAACAGCAACAUGGUGGGUGCUGCCCACGAGGAGCUGCAGCAAACCCACCUCCGCAUCGACAGCCUCUCCUCUGAAGUCAGCCAGCUGCAGAAGCAGUUGGCCGCCAAGGAGGCGAAGCUGCACGAUUUGGAGGAUAUUCUGGCCAGGGAACGCGAGACCAGCCGGCGCCUGCUCUCCGACAAGGAGCGGGAGAUGGCCGAGAUGCGGGCACGCAUGCAGCAGCAGCUGGACGAGUACCAGGAGCUGCUGGACAUCAAGCUGGCUCUGGACAUGGAGAUCAAUGCCUACCGCAAGCUGCUGGAGGGCGAGGAGGAGCGGCUGAGGCUGUCCCCCAGCCCUUCCUCCCACAAAGGUGCAUCCCGUAGCCACUUGUCCACCCCGGGCUCCUCCAAGAAGAGGAAGCUGGAAGACAGCGAGAGUCGGACCAGCUUCUCCCACCACGCCCGGACAAGCGGCCGCGUCGGUGUGGAGGAGGUGGACUUGGAGGGCAGAUUCGUCCGUCUCAGGAACAAGUCCAACGAGGACCAGGCGAUGGGGAACUGGCAGGUCAAGCGGCAGAAUGGAGAUGAUCCCCCCAUCACCUACCGCUUCCCCCCGAAGUUCACCCUGAAGGCUGGCCAGGUGGUCACGAUCUGGGCCUCAGGGGCUGGGGCGACCCAUAGUCCCCCCAGCAACGUGGUGUGGAAAGCCCAGAGCAGCUGGGGCUCCGGGGACAGCCUGCGCACUGCCCUGAUCAACUCCAACGGGGAGGAGGUGGCCAUGCGGAAACUGGUCCGCACCGUGAUCAUCAACGAUGAAGAUGAGGAUGAGGACGACGAUGAAGUUAUCCACCACCGCCAUCACCACGUGAGUACCGCGCUGGGGAAG